CACCCCCAUUCGCGAGAUGGCGGCGCAUGCGCGAUUGGUCGUUACGAGAGCUUUGAAAUCUCCGCUUCAGUCGCACUAAGAUGGACGGUGGAGCGUACGGUGUCGGAAAGGCCGGGGCACCUUUCGAUCCGAUCGCAUUCGUCCAACGACCGCAGGUUGUUCUAAGGGCGGUAUGUCUGCUCUUUGCAAUAAUUGUAUUUGGUUGUAUAAGCAGCAAGGGCUAUCUUCCAAAGGAAGAUGGGAAGGAAGUUUGUCUUUACAAUGAUGACAAUAAUGCUUGCAAUUAUGGGGUCGGUAUUGGAGUAUUGGCAUUUUUGGUCAGUAUUGGAUUUCUUGUUGGUGAAUACUUGUUUGAACAGAUGUCGUCUGUCAAGACUAGGAAACAUUUUGUCCUGAUAGACUUGGGCUUGUCAGGUCUCUGGUCUUUCUUGUAUUUCGUGGGAUUUUGUUACUUGACAAAUGCAUGGAAUAAUUCUUUAAGACCAAAAGAUGGAUAUGGCGUUAAUAAUCUGCAAGCGGCUAUUGCAUUCUCAUUUUUCUCCAUUUUCACUUGGGCUGCUUGCGCUUGGUUUGCAUUUCAAAGAUUUAAGCAAGGAACUGACGCGGCGUUUGCUCCGAGUUACGAGGCAGAUCCUGUCGGUGGCACAGGAUAUACAAGUUAUCCUGAUGCUACCGAUACUGCUUACCAAGAACCGCCAUUUGGGCAACAGCAGCAACGGGGUAUGGGUGACUUCCAAGCCCCAGCUUAUUAGGAGUCAUCCAUAGUCAAUACCAAAAUAUAUUUCCAUCGGAUUGCACAGCGAACUACUUACGAAAGAAGAUGGUUUAGAAUAAUUUCUUAAAACAAGAUUAUAUUGUUUUUCAUCACCUGUUUUGCUUAAAGACUAAAGAAAAACUUCAUUCGCUGAUAGGUCGCUGGGCAGCGUGGUCGUAGAGUAAGUUUUCAUGGCAAGAUAUAGAAGGAAGUUAUUUGUUAAACUGUGCUUCUUAUUGUUGACCACUUGUAAGUUACACUUAUAUCCGUACGCCCGAUGUCACAAAAAAGCAUUAGGUGUGUUUGAAGAAUAUCAUACGCGUUACGCCUGGACAUAUGCAUUACGACGGAUAUUAAUGACCAUGAAGUAAAUAUGAUAUCUUGUAACGAGUAACUUAUAGCAACUCCAUAAUAAGUAAGAACUAGUACAUGCACAGGCUAUGUAUAUUUUAACGUUGUAACGUGUUCAUAGUAAACGCGAUUUAACUGUAACAAUAAUAACAAUGCGUUGCAUUGUCAUGAAAUUAGUAUAUUAAAAACAAGUACACAAAGUGUAGGUUUGUGAUGAAUAAAUUUCGUGUAAGUCAACGUAUGCGUUGAUUAGAGAGUGAGAGACAACAUUUAAAUUGUUUCGUUUUCCUUUCUAGUACUUAAUCAAUUUCACUUAUAUUUCGUUUGCGAGGUAGCGUAGUAGCGUUACGAAAGUAUACUUUGCACUAAACGGUGAUAAAAGGGUAAAGCAAAGUUUUUCUUUUUUAUUAAUAUAAAUUCUUAUAUAAAGACAUAUUUGCAUACAAAAGUUGUGUGACAUCCGCACGAUGUCAAUUCACGUAGAACUUGUGUAUAAAUUACCUGCGAUAUUGACUAUUGCAAUAUAUCUUGAACUUUCAUAUUUAAGUCCUGCUACAAAACUUUUGUCCAUCGAUGCUAUCAAUGUGUAUGUCCAACAAAUCAUUGAUGCGAAAAAAAUCAAUUUAUCAACAAAUAUAUUACAAAAGAAGUUCAUAUUUUCGAUGAUUUAUAAUUAUUUAUUUGGUACAUAAUCUCAGGAAGACAUUGUACAAUUAUUUAAAUAUUAUUUAAAUAUUUUUAUUUAUGCUGCACUUUUGCAAGAUAGAUGUAUUGCUAAACAUUGAAUCUCAAUUAUAAAUUUAUCCAAAUUUGAUAUACACGCGCAACGAUUUUUAUAGUUCGUUAAUUCCAGAUGUUAUUUUACAUACAUCAAAGUCGAGCAAUUGUACAGCAAUUCUGAUUCCGAAAUAUUGAAGUAAUUUUUUGUUCGAGAUAAGAAAAAUAUUGUAUGUGUACUUACGAUAUAAUUUCAAGUUGCAGAAUUAAGUAUUGACUUAGUUAUGUAAUUCUAUGUUAUACGCUGUAUUAAGCAAAUGUAAGCAUCGUUAGAGACAUCUAGUAAUUUAGUAGUUUAGCACUGAAUUUGAGAGAAUUAUACAUUCUAGGCGUAUGUGUACAUGAAGUAAAUUGUGCGGUUGAGUGUAAUUUUGUGAUUUUUGUUUGUGUAAAAACAUCGCUAAAACGUUUAUGGAUACUUGUGUGUAUAUUCUCUGCUCGAGGUUUCGACACAUCUAGUUUAUAUAAUUCUCUCAAACAAAUAUCUACUAACUUUCGAUAAUAAGAUAUCCUGAUAAGUUGAGAACAUGGUUUGUGUGUAAAAUAUUAUGUGAAGUGCAAUAAUAAUCAUUAUAUGUAUCCUAAUUGCUUACAAAAUCAUCCCUUUGGAUAUAUUGUGAAUUAAUUACUGUAAUGAAAAAUAUCUUCAAAGUAUUAGACAAAAUAUAUUAUUCGAUAUUUUGUUUCAGUAUAACAAAUUCACUCGUUAACGUGCUCGUAUAUCCAAAGGGCUGAAUUUUUAAUGUUCAAUCUUUUCAAAAUUUAUCUUUUACUUUUUAUGAAUCUUAACCCUUCUACAUAUAUAGAGGUGACAACAUUGUUUAAUAACAUGACACCGUAAUGUAAUGACAUUUCGUGUUACCAACACCGAGAAGGGUUAAGGCAAUGAUAAAUGCAGUUACAAAUCUCAACUUUUAUCUGUAUGAGAAAGAGAUUGUGUGAUCGUACUGUCGAUUUUACAUCAGAUUUAAGAUCGGAAGAGACAAAGUGAAAUAAUUGUAUUUGGCGGAAUGUAGUACUAUAUAUCAAAGUGUCUAUUGCAGAAGUGUAAAGGAAUAAAAAUGCGUAUCAAGCUGGGUGUCAGUAAUUAAAUAGCUGUUGUAUGAUUGUAUUUAUAUAUAUAUAUAUAUAUAUAUACAUAUACAUAUAUAUAUAUACACACACACAUAUAUAUAAUGCAUUUGAUGCAGUAGUAAUACGUAUGCGUCUGUAAAGAUCUGAGUGUUUAGGGACAAUUCCAAGAUUUACCGUGUAAUUUAAAAUAGCCAAAAUAUACGUAUAAGUAGUUAUUUUUAUGCCAGUCAAAAUAAUUAUACGAUGAGCCAAGUGAUAAAUUAUGUUUGUUGCGUGAAGCUGCGACUGCAUUCUUACAUCUGUUCGUUUUAAAUGUUACGCGUUUCGUAAAAUUGUUUCUCUUCUCUCUCACCGUUUUUUCUUUCAUACACAUACGUAUUCCGCAAGAAAACGAUUGCGCGCUCAGCAUACUUCCGUCAGACAUAUAAUCAUCAAGAUACAGAGAACUCUUUUUCUAAAAACAAAUUUUUUUGUAACAUAUGACUGUUGUUAUUUUCAUCUCGUUUGACAAUCGAACAAUUGAUUUUCUUCGAUGUACGAUAGUAUAUAGUACGAUGUACGAAUAACACGGUAUAUCAAUCUU